UAGGGCAGUGUUUGGGUUGUCCAGCAGUUAGUUCUCAUUGCUGCCCCCUGUGGCCAAAGUGAGCACUGCACGCGUGUGUACCUACCAAGGUUAGUCAUUAACUAUCUCAUUUCAGCCACUUGCGUGCUACCAAGGAGCCGGCUGUGGCCGUGUCGAGGCAUGCUGCUGCCCGGCCCGUACAUCUUACCAUGGAGGACCGCAACCACUGCCCAAAGGAAAGCGCUUUAGCCGUGGUGGACCACGUCACUGUGGUGUUCCAUAAAGUGGCCAGUCAUGGCGACAGCAGCAGCGCCGGUGGCGGCAGCGACGACGAGCACGAUGGCCGAUGGCGCGACGGAACGGAGUGGGCAGAAAAGGCUCGUUUGCGGGAUGCUGAGGAAGAGGCAGGCAGCGGAACAAAAUCACUGGAGGAGGAGGAGGGCGGCCGGAGGGCAACUCUGUGCCCGCCGGCGUGCUGCGUCACGAGGAAGGCAGCAUCCGUUGACGAGAAUGGAAAGCCAAAGAGAUGUCCCGGUAGGGGUUUGUUCUUCGCCUUCCUGUCCACAGUCUUCUUUUCCAUCAUCUCCCUGUUGGUGAAGACUAUCCAGGGAGUGCACGCCAUAGAGAUCAGUGGCUUUCGCUGCUUCUUCCAGAUGCUCUUCAUCAUGCCGUUACUAAUCUACCACAAGAUAGGCUUCCUGGGUCCGCGGGACAAACGUCCAUAUCUCUUCCUGCGGGGUUUCCUUGGCUCCAACGCCAUGAUCUUGCUCUUCUAUGCUGUGCAGCAGAUGCCGCUGGCUGAUGCUACCGUCAUCAUGUUCAGUAAUCCAGUCUUCACCUCAUUGCUGGCUUGGAUAUUCCUGAAGGAGAAGUGUACGCUGUGGGACUGCGCCUUCACCGUCUUUACCCUCACGGGCGUCAUCCUCAUCGCCAGGCCGCCGUUUCUCUUUGGGAAGCAAUUCCAGGGCAUUGAGGGCAACUACGUGAACCACAUCAAGGGGACGAUCGCUGCCUUUGCAGGCGCAAUCGGUGCCGCUUGUACAAUGGUCAUCCUGCGCAAACUCGGAAAGAGCGUCCACUACUACCUCUCCGUGUGGUACUACGCCGUCAUCGGUUUCAUCGAGUGCGUCAUCGCCGUCACUGUCCUCGGCGAAUGGAAGCUCCCCGACUGCGGCCACGACCGCUGGAUGCUGAUGCUGAUCGCCGUCCUGGGCAUCGCCGGCCAGACCUUCCUGACCAAGGCCCUGCAGGUGGAAAAGGCCGGCCCCGUGGCCUUGGUGAGGACCGUGGACGUCGUCCUCGCCUUCUUCUUCCAGUUCAUCUUCCUCGGCCGUGCGCCCACCAUGUUGAGCCUCGGGGGGGCUCUAUGCAUAGUGUUGAGCACCAGCGGCGUGGCCAUAAAGAAGUGGUGCCGCAACUCACGCAGGAGCUGAAAGCAAAUAGUUAAGUAUAGCUGUUUAAUUAUCCUGUACUCUUUUGAUAGUUUUUUACCCUACAAUAGGUUAAAGAGAAACAUCUAAGAGUCUUAGUGUAACUGACAUGAAGUACUUCAGUGUGCAAAGAAAAACUGCUACCUGUGAUCAUACUUCCUAUUUUUAUAUUUGUUCUAAAGUGCAAUAGAGUUAAAUUAUUCAAAUUAAAACUUAAUAGUGGGAGUGGGCAACCUGUGAGGGCCAAAUAUGUUGCACAAUAGCUUUUGGUCGCAGGCCACCAUGCUGUUAAAAAAACAACUUAAGAACUAGAGAUGUCCGAUAUUAUCAGGCUGCCGAUAUUAUCGGCCGAUAAAUGCUUUAAAAUGUAAUAUCGGAAAUUAGCGGUAUUGGUUUCAAAAAGGAAAAUGUAUGAGUUUUUAAAACGCCGCUGUGUACACGGACGUAGGGAGAAGUACAGAGCGCCAAUAAACCUUAAAGGCACUGCCUUUGCGUGCCGGCCCAGUCGCAUAAUAUCUACGGCUUUUCACACACACAAGUGAAUGCACGCAUACUUGGUCAACAGCCAUACAGGUCACACUGAGGGUGGCCGUAUAAACAACUUUAACACUGUUACAAAUAUGCGCCUCACUGUGAACCCACACCAAACAAGAAUGACAAACACAUUUCGGGAAAACAUCUGCACCGUAACACAACAGAACAAAUACCCAGAACCCCUUGCAGCACUAACUCUUCCGGGACGCUACAAUAUACCAAAAAGCCAUUAUCGGACAUCUCUAUUAAGAACCAAAGAUCAUCCUUUUUGAGCCUGCAUGAAGUUAACCAAAGCCAGCAUUAGGACCAUUCACACUGUGUCCAAAAAGUCUUUAAUCAUUACAAAAUGUCUUAAAGGGAAACUGCACUUUUUCUGGAAUUUUGCUUGUCGUUCACAAUCCUUAUGAGACAAAAAUACAAAAUGUUAUUUUUUGCAUUCUAAUUUGUAAUAAUUGGCUCGUUCUAGGUGGCUUGCAAGCAACUAAUUGGAGCAAUCCCUCUGAAUCACUUUAAAAUGCAUCCAAAAACCGCCAACAAUACUUCGUAACCUGUAUAAUAUUCAAGCUGUUAUUGUAAGAGCGAACACUGAGGAACUCUUUUUCUAGCGUACUAACACAAUGGGGGCAACACGGUGGAAGAGGGGUUAGUGCAUCUGCCUCACAAUACGAAGGUCUGGGGUUCGAUCCUGCGAUCUGUGUGGAAUUUGCAUGUUCUCCCCGUGACUGCGUGGGUUCCCUCCGGGUACUCCGGCUUCCUCCCACCUUCAAAGACAUGCACCUGGGGAUAGGUUGAUUGGCAACACUAAAAAUGGUCCCUAGUGUGUGAAUGUGAGUGUGAAUGUUGUCUGUCUAUCUGUGUUGGCCCUGUGAUGAGGUGGCGACUUGUCCAGCGUGUACCGCGCCUUCAGCACCCCCGACGACCCCAAAAGGCACAAGCAGUAGGAAAUGGAUGGAUGGAUGGAAUUUGUAAUAAUUGGCUCGUUCUAGGUGGCUUGCAAGCAGCUAAUUGGAGCAAUCCAUUCUACCUCUGAAUCACUUUAAAAUGCAUCCAAAAACCGCCAACAAUACUUCGUAACAUGUAUAAUAACCAAGCUGUUAUUGUAAGAGCGAACACUGAGGAACUCUUUUUCUAGCUUAGUAACACAAUGGCCUUGCGACCGCAUUAGUUAAAAGUUAAAGUACCAAUGAUUGUCGCACACACACUAGGUGUGGCGAAAUUAUUCUCUGCAUUUGACCCAUCACCCUCGAUCACCCCCUGGGAGGUGAGGGGAGCAGUGGGCAGCAGCGAUGGCCACGCCCAGUAAUUAUUUUUGGUGAUUUAACCCCCAAUUCCAACCCUUAAUGCUGAGUGCCAAGCAGGGAGGAAAUGAGUCCCAUUUUUAUAUAGUCUUUGGUAUGACUCGGCCGGGGUUUGAACUCACAACCUACCGAUCUCAGGGCGGACACUCUUACCACUAGGUCUUAGCCCCAGACGCGCCUGUGUGUCAUCAACUAAAUGGCUUUUCAGUUUGUAAUGCACAACACACUGCGAUAGGACACUAAUCUGUACUAACCGAAAAACAUAAACAAUCAUAAUACAGUAUCUGUAACGUAUUAGUCCACAUUUCAUGUUUUGUUUGUACACAACUAGCUCUACACCGUAUGCACAUGACGUGCUGUGUGUAUCAUUAGCAAUAUUAAUUAUUAUAUAUUAUUGGGGCGGUAUAGCUCGGUUGGUAGAGCGGCCGUGCCAGCAACUUGAGGGUUCCAGGUUCGAUCCCCGCUUCCGCCAUCCUAGUCACUGCUGUUGUUUCCUUGGGCAAGACACUUUACCCACCUGCUCCCAGUGCCACCCACACUGGUUUAAAUGUAACUUAGAUAUUGGGUUUCACUAUGUAAAGUGCUUUGAGUCACUAGAGAAAAGCGCUAUAUAAAUAUAAUUCACUUCACUUAUAGUGACUCCCUUGAUGGACGGUCGUCCUCUAGCCAGGCGGGUAAGUUGUUUUCUAGUUUAUUUUGGGUUAGCACGCCAUGUACUGUAUGUCCGCAUAGUUUGGCACCAAAUUCCACAUUUUCAGCGUCAAGUUACGCCGACCUCGCUGUCUCGGCUUACAUCCGCUCCAACGUUUCACCCUCUCUUCGCUUCUAUAAGGUGCAGUUCAUUCUCUGUAUACUAAAAAAGAUAAGGUUGUCAAUCCUCAUUUGUCCAAAAAUCGUCGCGUUUGUUUCCCGACGUAGGAACACACAUUUUGUUGCUGGAAUUCAGAAGUGCCUUGCUAUGGGAACGGAAAUGAAUUCCGGUAGUGCUUAAAAUAACCAAAAUACGGUAAAUAUUGUGCAUAUCACAUUGUUCUGAAUAUAUCUGUUACUACAUGAUAUAUAUACUUGCAGUGUGUAUACAACAGGUUGAUGGAGGGCUUGGAAGGCUACAACUGUGACUCCCAUUAGUCGUAUUUUGCAAGCUUUUUUAAAAUUAUAUUUAGAAUCCUUAAAAAAAAACGUGUACUUAGACUUAGACUUCCUUUUUAUUGUCAUUCAAAUUUGAACUUUACAGCACAGAUAAGAACGACAUUUCGUUACAUUAGCUCAUGGUAGUGCAGGAUAAAAAAGCAAUAAGGUGCAUAUAUAAAUAAAUAAAUAUAUAUAAAUAAUAUAUAUAUAUAUAUAUAUAUAUAUAUAUAUAUAUAUA